CGCCAGCGUGCGUUUCUGCCUGUCUGCUGUUCAGUGGCUCUGUGUGUGAAUGUGCGCCUCGCUCUGAUCCCCAGCGCCUGCUUCUCGCCCGGCAGCUCGCCCGGCACCGCACCAAGAGGACGCAGCCGGUCUCCAUCCUGGAGGUAAAGGCCCCGCUGGCUGAUGGAGGAGGCGGGGAGGCGCCGCCUUCCCUCGCCCCCGCCGCUCCGCCUUCCCUCGCCCCCGCCGCUCCGCCUCUGACUCUCCAGGCGGAGAGCCCCGGACCCUGGCAGAGCGAGAGCCUGCUGGCGGAGUCCUGGUCCACGAUGGGCGACGCCGACCCCGACGACACCAAGAGCCUGGACAGCAGCGACGGGGCGCCUCCCGGCGGGGGGGAGGGCCGCGGCCGCAACUCCGACAUGGUCCACCUGGAGCGGGAGGAGGCCGAGAUGCUCGAGGAGGCCGAGAGGGCGAGGAGGACGGAGGAGGAGGAGGAGGAGGAGGAAGACGACGAGGAGCUGCGGACCAGCGCGUUGAGUGUGUUGGGUGGGGAGGGUGAGCUGGUGGAGCUCAGUGAGGAGGAGGAGGAGGAGGAGCAGGACCGCCGCGCCGCAGGAACUGAGGAGCCGCGCGCGGGGAAGAGGUCGGCGGAGUUCAUGCAGGUGGUCCCCCCGAUGGCGCUGCCUCCUCUGCCCGUCGUCAAGCUCGACCCCCCCUCCACCACGUCCACCCCGGUGCCCUCGGCCGAGGAGCCGCACGCCGCCCGGGGGCUCCAGCCCCCGUCCAUCCUGGCGCAGGCGGACCCCCCCCCGGGAUCCCCACAGGCUCCCCUCUCGGACGCGGCUGAGAGACAUUCGGUCCGGACCCCGGAGCCACCGCCGCGGCCCCCCAAGACCCCCAAGACCCCCAGCCACCUGAGCUCCACCGAGCUGCUGUGUGGAGGCGCUGCUUUGGUGGCCGUGGUGGGGGUGGUGGCGUACGGCGCUGUGGCCUACUGCCGAAAGUAGUCUCCUUCAACACCCCCCCCCACCCCCCCACCCCCCCACCAUCCCGCUAUCAACACCGGUUUUCAAAUCGAUUCCAAAUGAAAAUAUUCCACUUAACUUCUCUGACUUUGUGCUACCUCAGCUCACGGCCUUUGUUCUCGAUAAGUCUCCGAUCUCUGAGAUGUGAACCUGGAAUGUAAAAUCAUGCGAAAGCAGAAGUUUAAAAAGAACCCUGAAAUUGGAAAUGUUUUUUUUGCCGAUGCUUCCUUUUGUGUGAUUGUUGUUCUUUUAUUGAUUAAAACCGGAACGCAACAUGAGGCAUGAAAUCAUCAGGCGCCGACUCCUCUUCGUCAUAUCAGAAAGAAGCCUGUUUAGCCUUUAGAUACUUUUACAUUGAAUCUGUGUCGCUAACAGGAAGUAGACCACAGGAGGUGUAGUUGUCUAUUUGAUGGGUUUCUUUUAAUGCUCCGUCCUGCCGUCUGCUGGUCACUCCGAGUCACUUAUCUAACAACAAUGCCCAAUUGAAGGGACGCCAGGACCAACAAGUGUUCAAUUAAGCCACUUUGAUCCCUUGCUCUUUUUAAAAAAAAUCAUGCAAUUUUUAGCAUGAUUUUUUUUUUUUUACUUACAUUUCUGAAAUAAACAAAAAAAUGAUGAUGAUGAAAUGAUUUAAACCAAAACCAAAAUGCUAAUCCUCAAAUGAUGAAGCAGUACGAUGAGGCUUUGCAGGUUUUUCGCCUGAGGACAAUAAACACAACCUCACAGAUAAGGAUUAAUCACUCUGCGGUCACAGCAGCAUUGAGCGCGACAGACUAAAUGUAUGCCAAUGGGUUUGACACUUCUUGAUUUUUAUCCAGUGCCAGUAAAUAAAGAAGAACAAUGGGGCUGACUGUGCUGUGGUUAGCCUGCCGUUUCCCACAUCGCUGCCCAAAUGCACGCAGCCAUUGAAUUGAGAAGAGGAAGGAAAGUGCUUCUUUGUUUGGACAGAUAAAGGUGCCUUGUCUCUGCUCUGACAAACAAAAAAACAC